UCUCUCUGCUUUUCUAAGAGUGAAGACAGUAGAGUAAUUAGUUCACCAUGGGAAGAGCUCCAUGUUGUGACAAAGCUAAUGUCAAGAGAGGGCAGUGGUCUCCUGAGGAAGAUGAAGCUCUCAAAACUUACCUUGAGUCCCAUGGAACUGGUGGCAGCUGGAUUCAUCUGCCUCAGAAAGCUGGCCUUAGGAGAUGUGGGAAGAGCUGCCGUUUAAGGUGGUUGAAUUAUCUCAGGCCAGACAUCAAACAUGGACACUUCACUGAAGAGGAGGACAAUGUUAUCUGUAACCUCUACACCCAAAUGGGAAGCCGAUGGUCAUACAUAGCUACUCAAAUGCCUGGAAGAACAGACAAUGAUGUGAAGAACUAUUGGAAUACCAAACUGAAGAAGAGGUAUUUUCUGCCUGCAAAACCAAGUCUUACAGCAAAUGAGAGCAAACACCCAAAUGCCUCACACACACUGCCUUGUGUUCCAAAACUUGAAACCAAUGUUGAGUUUAAAACCCAAAUUCCUCAGACAUUGUUGUUAUCUGAUUCUAAUUCUGGAUUGGAGGCAUAUGAUCAAAGCUUGAGCUUAAACCCAAAUCCAUCAUACAACUCCAAGGUCAUGGGUUAUUCACAAUUUGGUGCAACUUCUGUCUCAAUGUCUCAAGAUGGUUCAAGUAUUUCAGAUUCUUCUUCAAUUGCUGCAGUUGACAAUGGUUUACCACAUGGAAAUAGCAUCAUGGAUGAGGACGCAGCCGGGAUAUCAAUGGAUUUUGGAUUUGGAGGAUUGCCUUAUGAUGUUGUCAAUCAGAUGUGGUUUGGAGAAAAAGCCAAUGAAAUGGUUCCCCCAACUUGCUCCACAAGUUUGGACUUUGGAUGGUGAUUUCUUUUUCUGCUGAAUCAAAAUGGUUAUCUUCAACCAAUAUUUGAUUGUGAAAAAAAUAUGGAGUAAACUAAUCAGCUAGCUAAGGACUUGUUUAACCUUUUAUUUUAUUUAGUUUUCUUUCAUUCUGUUGACCAUAAUGUAAAUCAGAUUUCCAUGAAUGACUAGUACUAAUGUGACUAUGUUUACAA